AUGGAUCAUUGGGGCGACCCUUGGGCAGACAACAAUGCCGACGACCAAAAGUCCCCGACGAAGAACGAGGUGACCGCACCACAGCCGCCUGCACUUGCUCCCGCACCGGUGCUAUUAAACGGUUUUCUGGACGAUGCUGGAUGGGGCAAUGAGGAUGAGAGUUUCGGAGACUGGACUACGUCAUCUGAGCAAGACACGACUGUCGCUAUACCUACGGAGACGCGCAUAGCUGAGCCGAGUCCGCUGAAGAAUGAGCAUGCGAUUGAAGAUGGGCCGCGAUGGGAUAUAGAAGAGAAACAUGAAGAUAACCUGUCGCUGGAAGGAGACACGUGGGCUGCACAGACGGAGGACACUUCUGAUGCGGACAACGUAGCUUCGGAUACUUCGGACACGUCGACCACGAUACAGCUGGAUAAGGCUUCUGAUCAAGCUCCAGUCGCUCCUUCGAACCGAUUACAGCCCGAUGACGACUCUUCUGCACGACCCUCUACGUCCCCGUCUGAAGCGAGCCGUCACGAGGCACCUCCCGAGUCGCCGCGAACCUCGUUCGAGGAAGAGGCUGUAAAUAAGAAACAGACUGCAGAAGCAACAGAACCUGAGAAGGAGGUCCAGUCACAAAUAACCAAUGACGAGGAUAGCGAAGCCGAGGUCGAAAGCUCGAGCAACGAUAGUGCAGACGAGGAGUUUGGAACCUCCACAGAAGAUACUCUAUUGACAGAAGCUCCUUCUGGUCAGUCAAAGAUCACACAAGACGCUGCGGGUGAUACAAAAGAGGCCUUAUCAGAGCGUUCUACGUCUCGCCCUGGUUCGCCUGCAGCCUCCUCGAGCGCCGCCGCCGCCGCCUCGCAUAACGCCGGUGCAUACGAACUCGACAAAACACUUCUUGACGAACUCUUUCCUCCUGAUGGCGCUGCAGAGGAGCCAGAAGAAGCUCCAGACGACCCGGUAUACUCAACGUCUGGGCGCAAGGCUUGGUACAGGUUGACGCGUAAGCAAACCAUGAGAGAAUUCAAUAGCGGGAACGGGGACGACAAUUAUAUUCGGGUCACAUGGGCGGGUUCUGAGGUCAGAUCCGAAGUAAACAAGACGGUAGCAAGAUGGGCUCGUGAGGACCGUCUUUCUGGCACAGGUCCAGGGGCUAGAGCUUCGUUCUACUGGGACACACCAGCACCUCCAGAACCUAUAAACCCAAGAGGACAUUUGCGCACGAAGACGUCCGUUCCCACACCGCGAGUAAUCGAAGCUGCACCGGCAAGACAACGCCUUCCUCCUGUGUCUGCUGACACUCAGAUCGCUUUCAACUGGAGUUCCACGACAACCACAACAGACCCUUGGAAGCAGGACAGUCCUAGCCUGCGCUCCAUAUCUCCACCUGUCGUGCCGAAGCCUACAGCUGUAGUCAAUGCCCAGACACAGGAGCUUCGUGCGGUUUCGAUCGACCUUGCACGCGACGUUGGGGUUACACAAGGGCAAACGUCGACUGAAACGCCGGCUGUCGCAACGAAAGCAAUCCCACCUCCUGCGCCAACCACGACCUUAGCAAGUCCCUGGGAAGAGCUCAGCACUCCUCACACCAACACUCUCAAUCAAGAACAACGUACCGAUGUCCCUACAGAUGAUGAAGAUGAUUGGGGUGAGAUGAUAUCAAGCCCUACAGUGUCUACUCCACCUUCAGCCUUCCCAAGUUCGAUACCAGCGACGCUAGACAGCACUGUGUCAACUUCUGCGCCACUUCCAACGACUCCACCGACCCAGGAUCGUUCAGCUGACGCAAUGCAUAUCGUGCGCCUACGAAGCACCAUAUCGCCUACGUCGGCGAUCUUUGGUCCGAAAAGUUUUGUUCCAUUCAAUGCUGAACAAGGGCCUAUUGGACCUGGACGCUUGAAAUCCGCUAAGCGGUCUACCACUGUCACACCUGAAAAGAUCAAGAUCGAGGUUUCGUCGAAGCCAGUUCGAGAGACUAUUCAACAGGACCAAGUCCAAGUUGAUACAUCACCAGCACAUGACACGCCCGAUGCGAAUGAAGUUGUUUCUAGCGAAGUCAAGAUUGCGGAGACUAAUGACACGCAAGACGACGAUUUCUCUGCAUUCGCAUCUAGUACCUUAGAACCAGAACCCGUCCGGCCGAGCACGCCGCCUCCAUUCCCGGCGAUGCCAAAUGAGUCUACUGUAGAUGCAUGGGCGGAUGCUGAUUUCUCUUUCUUUGAAUCGGCACCAGCGUCAAGAGCGCCUGCGCAGGCCACGCGCGAUCCAUCAGAUCCUUUCUCAGUCUUCGAAACCCCUCCAAGGCCUUCCAGUGUCGCGUCUUCAGCGAAAACUUUCACACGAUCUUCACCCCCACGGAAUGUAACUCCCCCGUCGAUUCAACCGCUGACUGGAGCUACAAACUCUGCACAACGAAGGAAGAACGAGGAAGAGCAGGACGCUCAGUGCCUUCAAACGCUCAUUGCCAAUGGCAGAAGCUUGAUUAGCGACAUCGCACGAUGGCCUCUUGUGGUACAAGAGAAUUCUCUCAAGCACCGCACAGUCAGUGAAUUACAUGAAGUCGCUUCAUCUUGGCUAGAGCGUUCUCCUCUGUUCCGAUCAGAUCUUGAUGAACUCGGAGAAUAUUUAGAGUUGCUACCUGGCUUCUCCACCAACGGCAUAAAGGUGAUAGAAAACGGGACUAUGGGGAAUCCCUGGAUCGUCCUCCUCGAGCAGGACGACAGAAGGCGCUGGUAUGAUUCUUCGUGUCAUCAGAUGGAAUUACUUAAGAAUUCAGAGGGAAACAAGCUACAAUAUCGCCGGUUCUUGACUCAAUUCAUGUGGAUGCGAGAAAACGCCCCAAAAAGGAUGUUCGCCAAGGAGUUUAGUGGAAAGUAUCAGGAACGUACCUUAGAUACAGAGAGUAGAGACGUGUUGCGACAGGCCGAGAGCCUGAGCGCUAUGAGUCCUCCACCAACCCUCAAGUACGUCGCCAUCAUUGAGGCCCACACCGACAAGGCCUUCUUCAAAUUCAGUCCCUCAGACAUCAACGAGAAGAAGCGAAAGAUCAUCAACAGUGCGAAGGACAUGUGUACUCAGAUGGUAUCUAAAGGCUACGGAGGCAAGGUCAAGCGGCAGGACAUCAUGGACACAGCUCUCAACAUGGCAAAGAAGUGA